AUGAAUGACACACUAUACGAAAACUUCUGGGACUACUUCAGUACGGAUUUAACGAUGAAUAUUACGGACAAUGAUGUUGAUUCUGUGGGAGAGUCGGACCAAGGUUUUGUGGUUGGAAUCUAUACGGGUUUGUUCAUGGUUGGCGCUGCGGGAAAUAUGGCUGUGUUUAUAGCUCUUGUGAGGUCGAGGAGGAGGAAAUCCAGGGUCAAUCUGCUGAUGACACACUUGGUGAUUGCUGAUUUGAUUGUCACAUUUAUAGUCAUACCUUUAGAGAUCAGUUUGCUUAAUAAUUUCACGCGAUCUGGAUGCAAGUGUCAUAUUGGUUGGCGAACGACCAAUGAGUGGCUCGCGGGAAACUUUGCUUGUAAAUUCUUCUUAGUUCUUCGAGCAUUUGGAUUGUACCUCUCCUCAAAUGUAUUAGUCUGCAUAUCAUUAGACAGAUUCUUCGCGGUAUUGUAUCCACUCCGCCUGGCGAUCGCCAGGAAAAGAAGCAAGACAAUGCUGACGGUUGCGUGGGUGGUGGCCUUGCUCUGCAGCGCUCCGCAAAGUUUAGUCUUCCGCGUGAUGCAUCAUCCGAAGGUUCCGGAGUUCGAGCAGUGUGUGUCCUUCGAAGCCUUCUCUAACCACCAUCAGGAGCUUGCGUACAACCUCACGUGUCUACUGGCGAUGUACUUCCUUCCCCUCAUCAUCAUCACUGUUUGUUACGCCUGCAUAUUCUGUGAAAUUUCCAAGAACUCACGAGAAAUAUCAGGUAAAUGUGCCAGUUCAAAGCAAGGCAGAAUCCAGCUGCGUAGAUCGGACCAGAGACCACUGGCACGGGCUCGACGUCGUACUCUCCGGAUGACUGUCACCAUAGUAACAGUAUUUGCCUGCUGCUGGUUACCUUAUGCUACGAUGACGUUAUGGUAUAUGUUUGAUCGAAAGUCAGCCAUGCACGUGUCCACUAGAGUUCAGGAUCUGUUCUUCAUCAUGGCUGUAUCCAAUUCCUGCAUGGACCCGCUGGUCUACGGCUCAUACACCCUGGACAUGAACAUCAUAAACAGAACUUUGAGGAAGAUUUUCUGUAUGCAUAAUAAGAAUUUAGACGGACGAGGUAUUUUGGUGACGGCAAUAAGUAAGAGCAAGGAACCCGAAAAGAUAAAGAUUAAGCGUCUGGUACCACCGUGCAACUUCGGAGGCUACCAGGAAACGUCACUGACAGCCCCAAGUGGCGUGAGUGACCCCCAAGCUUGCUGGAGUGAACAACUUAACGAGAACAAUAAGAGCAGUUCAGAAAUAUUUACGUUACAAACACGCCAUACGAGUUAAACUUCAAUAUGAAAAUGUUUAAAGAGAAUAGCAGUAGAACUAACUGUAUGUGCAGUGUUCUUGUGAGCCAAUACGGCCACCAUCCUAUUUUUAUCGCAAAAUAGCGUAUAGUACUUGUGCUGUUGCAGUGCGGUUUGCAACCGCAAAUGUUAUUACAGCCAUACAUAACAGUUUUAAAUCUCAUAUCGACGGAGAGAGUGUGACAUAAGGUGGAUCUGCUCUCUCUAUCACUUAUUCCUUAUAUACUCAUUUGCACUAGAGUUCCAAAAGGUAUA